CUGAUACUCCAGAAGAUGUGCUCCCGGGGGUCCUGCCACGACUACGAGUCCUCCUGCCACGGAUCCAGGUCUUCCUGCCACGGAUCCCGCUCCUGCCACGACUCGGGGCCCUCCUGCCACUACACCCUCCAGAGGCAGCCUGUGCAGAAGUUCAGCUACGUGACCCCCUGUUGCCCCCCUGUGCAGCGUUAUUGCCCCCCCGUGCAGAGUUAUUGCCCCCCCGUGCAGAGUUAUUGCCCCCCUGUGCAGCGUUAUUGCCCCCCAGUCCCCUACUGCCCCCAGUACACCAAGAACAUCUGCAAGAUGCCACCAACGUACCCCAAGUACUGAGGAAGGAUCUGAUCCUGGCACCCGGAUGCGCUGCCUCGUUCCUCGCCCAAGGCCUCAAGCUCACUGCUGUGCUCAGGGCUUUCCAGCCUUUCUCCAGCCUUUCCAGCCUUCUCUCCAGGCAAACAGUCCUAAGAAGGGUUGGGGGUGACACCAUUUUGGGGUGAAGCCUCUUGGUCUCGUGAGUUUUGAGCUGUUUGUCCCCUCUCCGCUGGGAACAGUUUCCUCCUUGCUUUGCUGCUUCGCUCUCCUGCAAGACAAUAAAAACGGUGUUUGAAGCCAAGCAAACAGUUCUGGGUGUUUUAGUCACCACUCUGUCACACAGCCUGGAUCGAUGGGCCAAGGUAUGAGUUUAACAAGGCCAAGUGUCAAGUCCUCCACUGGGAUCACAACAACCCCCUGGGAAGCUCCAGCUGGGGGAAGAGUGGCUGGGAAGCUCCAGAAGGACCUGAGGGAGCUGGGGGGGCUCAGCCCGGAGAAAAGGAGGCU